GACACAUUGACUGUUUGUUUAUUCCUCAGCAGGGGGGACCUGCCCUGGGUUUGUGUUGUCAUCAAUCAUCGUUUUCGUUUUCGACAAAACACCUCUUCAAAAUUCCAACAAAAUUCCAAAAAAUGGCUGGCAACCAGCUAACUGGCCAGGAGGACACAUCGGUAUCGUCACGCAUCACACUUUUCAAUCAGGCAGCAGAGCAGCAUCAAAACUGGAUGAUGAUUAAUCCCUUUGCCCAUUACAAUGUCAGUGAUAUGCCCAAGCGAUGUUUUGGCCAAGAUGAAUAUGGAAAGCCCCCGGCGGGCAGUCUCUCCGAACAGAGAGCUCUGCAGGCCAAUGUCUGGGCUCUGGAACAGAUGCUGCAACUGUGCGAAGUAAUAGAGAAUAAUGGUGAACCCGAUCCUGUCGAUCCAAGACUCAGGAGACUGGAAUUUGGACAACUUUUCAAUCUCUACAACGAUAUAUCCGAUAAGCUAAUGGGCACCAUGUUAGCGGCUCGGAAAAAUGGUUUCGUCGAAUUUAGUGGGGAAACUCUUUUCCAGGGACGCGAUGAGGUUGUUCCAGUUCGCUUGCUUCGUCCCUUUCAGCAGCUAAAAAUUGAGAUCCUGGCAAAAAUCGAAGAUUUGCGUUGCAUUUUCACUGAAAAACCACUGGAGACAUUCCUACGCCACGAUUAGGUCACGUUUUUGCAGGGAAGGAGGUUCUGAAAAACUGUCACCGGAUCGCACGUGUGCGCACCUGAGCCUAUUCGCAGUUAAUUGAAUUUAAAUCUCAACGUCCGUGGGCAAAAGCCUUUUUCCUUGCCGCCACCAAUCCCGUCACGUAUACGACAUGGUGGCCCACUUGUAAGCACCUGCCAGCGGCAUUUCACAGGCCUCUCGCCUGAGCCCCUCUGAGAUUGUAUCACCUCUAGGAAAUAAACAAAUUACAGCCGA